AACAAUUCAAGAUGGCGGACGAACGAAGGGUGUUCGUCGUCGGAGUUGGAAUGACAAAGUUUGAAAAGCCGYUAACUAAAAAAUGGGACUAUCCCGAUAUGGCCCGUGAAGCGGGAAAUGCUGCACUGAAUGAUGCWGGCAUUUCUUAUAGCCUCGUUGAUGCUGUUACAGCGAGCUACUGCUAUGGGGAGCCCACGUCAGGUCAGAGAGCUGUGUAUGAGCUUGGUCUUACUGGUGUCCCUGUUUUCAAUACAAAUAACAACUGCUCAUCAGCGUCAUCUGCUUUAAUGCUAGCCAAACUAAUGGUUCAGAGUGGACAGUACCAAUGUGUCUUAGCUAUCGGUUUUGAAAAGAUGGAGAGAGGUCUUUCAGAAAGAUUCACUGAUCGUGCUUCCCCAGUAAAGAGACAUGUUGAUCACAUGAUUAACCUUGGAGCUGAMCCUGGCCUCGUUAAUCCUAACCUCAAUGCUAUGACUUCAGAUGUAAUCAAGCUGUUUGCAUAUGCUGCUCGUGAACAUACCCAGAAAUAUGGCACCACAUUGGACCAGUAUGCAAAGAUAGCCUACAAGAACCACAAACAAGGCAAAAACAAUCCAUAUGCAUGCAUACCUUAUGAAAUCCCAUUGAAAAAGAUUGCAGGAGCAAGAAUGAUAUGCAAUCCUAUAACUUUACCAAUGUCAACACCCACUGCUGAUGGGUCAGCAGCUGCAAUAGUGUGUUCUAAGGCAUUUAUGGAAGCACAUGGUUUAGAGGAUAAAGCUGUAGAGGUAAUUGCCCAACAAAUGGUUACAGAUAUGCCAUCUUCAUUUGGUAGAUCACAUAGAGAUUUAUGUGGCUACGACAUGGCAAAGAAAGCUGCACAGUUCUGCUAUCGCAUGUCUGGUUUAGGACCACAGGAUGUUGAUGUUGUUGAAGUGCAUGACUGCUUCUCAUGUAAUGAGUUGUUCAUGUAUGAGGCACUUGGUCUGUGUGGUGAAGGAUAUGGUGGAAAGUUGAUUGAUGAGGCAGAAUGGAUAACCAAUAAAUCAGGUAGUGAGUUGUGCAGACUUGGAAAAAGGUGGGUUGUAAAUCCAUCAGGAGGCCUGGAAUCUAAAGGUCAUCCAAUUGGAGCAACAGGUCUUGCACAGUGUGCUGAACUAAACUGGCAGUUGCGCGGAGAAGCGGGAAAGCGACAAGUCGAUGGAGCAAGAGUUGGAUUACAGCACAACUUUGGGAUCGGUGGAGCAGCGGUUGUUACAAUGUAUCAAACCUAUAAACCAAAACCUCAAACUGCCAAGCUAUAACUGGAUUUCCCGCCUAUUUACGGGAUACAGGUGGUACUAUAUAGAAGGGUCUCUGUAGAGAUUCUCCCUAAAUUUGAUUCUUAGAAGAAGCAGUUGUUACAAUGUAUCAAACCUAUAAAUCAAAACCUCAAACUGCCAAGCUAUAACUGGAUUUCCCGCCCUGUUUACACGAGACAGGUGGCACUAUAUAGAAGAGUCUGUGGAAAUUCUCCCAAAAUUUGAUUCUUUUGAUUAAAAUCACUCUAUACCUAUCUGACAAGGACAUCCACUUUGUCAUGUGCAGCAUAGAACCUACCACUGGCAACGAACUCCAUUUCAAGAAAUGAAAGCGUUUCGGAAAGAACGGCGUGGACUAAUCACUUUGAACAGUGAUUGCACCAACAAAAGUAGCUAUUCUAACUGAUUGCUGAAUAAGCUGUAUAAAGGACAUACUGUAGUAACUAAUAUUGUUCAUAUAAAUCAAAAGUACCUAGGCUUUGGAUAAUACGAUGCUUUUGAAUCUAUUCAAAUAUGACCUGGAAUAACAGUCUUGAAAUAUAUUUUACGCCUUAAAAAACUAAAAAGAAAUGAAUGAAUGAAUCAAACAAAACAGCGUUGAAAGUUACCAUAUACUCACAAGUAAUUAAAAAAACUAUCGACAUACUGUAUUAGCAAAAGAUAUCCAAUUAGGAUAAAACAAUGACCAAAAAUAACGCCCAAAUAACCAUCCUUCCCACGUAAUGUCAAGUAUUUCAAACAUCAAAGGUCAGUAAAUACAAAUUGGUAUAUAAAUCAAUAAAUCUAUUUUCAAACAUGA